AUGCCAUCAAACUCGACUCUUAAUCAUCGGAGCAGGCCCUCUACCAUUCUCUUCGCCUUUGGCGUCUUCGCGCAGGUCGCGUUGCUUGCCUGCAUCUUCUGGACUUACACUAGCUAUGGCAACCCCCGUGAGCCGACCGCCUUAGCGGAAACCACAACUAGGACAUCAUCAAGACCAAGCGGCUUCACUCUGCGCCACCUAUUGGAUCACGGCGCUGGACAACCUGGGCCACGAGCACGAAGAUUCGAUGUGACUCCAGAGCGUUUUGCCGUUGCUGGUAUCGACUCCCGCAUCGGGCCCUUCACUAUCAAGUCGGCACCAGUCAAGAUAGAAAGGCCCGCGUUACGUGGCUACGAUGCACAGAUCCCCAUGUCGCCCAUGUGGAUCGCCGAGGAUAUUCCGGGUCCGGAUGUCACGGACAAGAACACGGUUAUCAGUUUCGCAAACAUGUCCGAAGAUGCUUACAAAGUCGGCCCUGACGACGCAGGAUGGAUGGACGUCGAUGGGCAUUACAACUCGUCGGUCCCUUUUGGCUGGGAUGACAGUGGCAUCCGAGGCCAUGUGUUCAGCGACGACACUAACUCCACCAUCAUUCUGGCGGUAAAGGGAACGACGGUAGCCAUGUUCGAAGGCGACGGAACGUCCGUGCACGACAAAGAGAACGACAACCUGUACGGCUCUUGCUGUUGCGGCCAGGGCGGCACAUAUCUUUGGCGAAAAGUGUGUGACUGCCAGACUGGCACCUACAGCUGUGACGAGCAAUGCGUCAAGAACGAAUUACGAAAGCCGAACAGGUACUAUGCCGCGACUGUCGAGCUGUAUCAGGAGGUAGUCAAGAUCUAUCCGGAUGCGCACAUCAUGACGACAGGACACAGUCUGGGAGGCGUUCUCGCUUCUUUAAUCGGCUUGCAGCACGGUAUACCCGCGGUGACGUUUGAAGCAUACCCACAGGCCUUGGCAGCUAAGCGCUUGGGACUACCAGCUGCCGGUGACGUUGCUCCACUCAGGAAGAAUACAGGCGGCUUCCAUUUCGGGCACACCGCUGACCCCGUGUACAUGGGAACUUGCAACGGAGCGACGAGUUUCUGCUCUAUUGGCGGAUACGCCUUCGAGACCCUUUGCCAUACCGGAAAGAAAUGUGCAUACGACGUGGUCAAGGACUGGGGUUGGAGGCAGAACACACAGACACACAGCCUUAGAUACGCCAUUGACAAUGUGUACAUGAACACAAGUACAAGUACCUGUCAAACACCCGGAUGGUUCGGCUGCAAAGACAAGACGACAGCUACUGGUCCUAUUACGACUGCUACGACUACUACUACAUCAGCUGCACCGACAACUACUUGCACCUCGAAGGGCUGGUUUGGCAGGUGUUACGAUGACGUUCCAGCGACAACCACUCCAGCCAUGCAAGCUCAUGCCUACUGGCGGGCUGCGGCGACUGCGACACAGACGGCUGCUUAG